CGCACGCCCGCCGGCAGCCGGCGAAGCGGCAGGCUCGCUCCCGAGUUCGCCUCGCGCCGCGCCAGAGGCUCGCGCACUCAGCAGGUUGGGCUGCGGCGGCGGCAGCUGUCGGAGCCGAGGCGCUGCGUGUGAAAGGUCCCAGACGCAUCUGCGGCGCCGGCCUCGUCACACUCCGCCCCCCUCACCCCUGUCUUGGUGCGGGGUGUUGAGGGAAGGGACGACGCAAGCCUUGAGCACCUCGACACCGCCCUCCUUUCCCUUCGCAGCUGCGGGUCUCGCUUGGUGCUAGGCGACUCCGCGGGGAGGCGGCGGCGACUGCCUGUGUGUGUGUGGCCGACGAGCCCUGCUCCGUCCAGCCUUGCUGCUCCGCCCGGCCCUGCAGGGGCCGAGAGCUCGGCGCCCGCCCUUCCGCUCGCCCUUUGCCUCAGCGCGUUGGAGCAGCGUCGGUCCGGGAGGUUCUGGGCUGAGGCGGCGGCGGCAGCUCCUUCGGCUCCAUCAUGUCCGCGGGCGGAGACUUCGGGAAUCCGCUGAGGAAAUUCAAGCUGGUGUUCCUGGGGGAGCAGAGCGUUGGAAAGACAUCUUUGAUCACCAGAUUCAUGUAUGACAGUUUUGACAACACCUAUCAGGCAACAAUUGGCAUUGACUUUUUAUCAAAAACAAUGUACUUGGAGGAUCGAACAAUCAGGCUGCAGCUGUGGGAUACUGCGGGUCAGGAACGUUUCCGUAGCCUCAUUCCCAGUUACAUCCGUGAUUCUGCUGCAGCUGUAGUAGUUUACGAUAUCACAAAUGUUAACUCAUUCCAGCAAACAACAAAAUGGAUUGAUGAUGUCAGAACAGAAAGAGGAAGUGAUGUUAUCAUCAUGCUAGUAGGAAAUAAAACAGAUCUUGCUGACAAGAGGCAAGUAUCAAUUGAAGAGGGAGAGAGGAAAGCCAAAGAACUAAAUGUUAUGUUUAUUGAAACCAGUGCAAAAGCAGGAUACAAUGUAAAGCAGCUCUUCCGACGUGUAGCUGCAGCUUUGCCCGGAAUGGAAAGCACACAAGACAGAAGCAGAGAAGACAUGAUUGACAUAAAACUGGAAAAACCUCAGGAGCAACCAGUCAGCGAAGGAGGCUGUUCCUGUUAAUCUUCCAUGGCAUCUUCAACCCUUCUGCAAAAGCUCACUGCUUUGGCCCCCAUUCUCUUUCAUUGACUGCAGUGUGAAUAUUGGCUUGAACCUUUUCCCUUCAGUGAUAACGUAUUGCAAUCCAUCAUUGCUGCCUGUCUCGUGGAGAUGGUCUAUUAGCUUCACAAGCACAAAAAAGUCAGUGUCUUCAUUAUUUAUAUUACAGAAGAAAGCCAAAAUAUUUCAGCAUAAUCCAGUGAUGACUUUAAAGAAUAGAUACAUUUUCUUAACAUUUUUCCUUUUUUAAUGUUAUGAUAAUGUACUUUAAAAUGAUGGAAAUCUCAACAGUGUGAGCGUGCUUGGUUAAGGAGCUGUAUAUUCACCGCAGCAUUUGCCUACCUACUUGCUCUCUGAUUUUCUUACCUCUACUUUACUCCCUUUUCCUGUUGGUACCCUCCCACAAAACACAUGAGGUGGCAAGCAGCAGUCUGACCAAGCCCAUUGGAAUAAUCCUUUAAUUUUACUGAUUCCACUUGCUCUAGGCCAUGGGACAAGAUAUCCAAAAUUAUUCUUACGCACUGAUAGGAAUUACUUAGACCUUUGAGGUUAGAACUCAGCUAUCAUGGUGGGCAGUAUUUGAACGAGGAAAGGGUUCUGGUGUAUCUUUAAAAUGAGUCCUAAAGAAUCUACUGAGUACUUACAAGUAGAGAAGUAUAAAAUGUAUUUCUGACCAAUAGAUUACCCUUUCACAUGUGCUUUAUUAGAUUCUGGGAGAGAAAAGUAACCAAGUGCUUCAGAACAGGUUUUUAGUAUUCAUUAAUUUAAUUAAUGAUAAAAUCAUAAAGUUCUAUUGAACUAUUUCUCCCAAGAUUUUUAAAUUGUUGAGGUAGUUAUUUCGUUUAAAAAAGAAAAAAUCUUUUUAAGCAAUAGAUUUCACUUGGGUUUUCUUUUUUAAAAAUGCUAUGCAGGCAAGGCAUUGUAACAUUCAAAUUCCUUUAGAAGAACCAGUGGAAAAGUUUGAAUUUGACACCAUGGUCAAAACUACUGUAACUAGUAGAAAUAAUGAUAAUUAAAAGCUUACCAGCAAAGGAAUAUUUAUAGAGUAGCAAACACUUUGCUGUGAACACUUAAAGUCAAACUUGAAAAUGGAAGUAAUUUUCUUAUAAGUCCUUAAAGGCAGAUUAGAAGAAGCAUACUUUGAAGAGGGAAAGGAGAGAAUGGAAAUAAAAGUCAAUAUUGUGCAGAUUUAUGCCUUAUUUUUUAGCAUUUUUUAAAUGUUGGGUCUUUCAGACUGGUUUGCUUUUAACUAGAUCUGUAUAGUUUAGGUAAUUAACUCGUGAUUUAGUUUUAUAUUUAAGCUAUAAUUAAUCUUUUUCUUUGGUGAUAUUUAUUUCUUUGCCCUUUUUUUUAAACUUUGAAUUUCUGGGUGUUUUGUUGAAUCUGUUUAGAGCUUCAUCACCAUGGCAAUAUGUAUUUCCCUUAAAACAUUGCAAACCAAUAUACUAGGAGUGCGCCCUUUUAAUCUUUACUAGUUAUUGUGAGAUUGCUGUGUAACUUAAUGAACACAUUUGUAAAUACAUUGUUUGCAAGGGAAAUUUUUCUGAGUUACAGCUCAGAAAAAGCCUACUGAAUUUAUGUUGUAAGCAUUACUUAACACAGUAUAAAGAUGAAAAGACAACAAAAGUAACUUCAUACUUCUUUAUCUCCUCAUUGUAACAAAACCCUUAACUGGGAAAAUCUUAUUCCCCUCUUUCUCUUCCUCCUCCCCUCCUCACUUGUUGUCACCUCAUAAUAUUCAGAGAGCACUUGAUUAUGGAUCUGAAUAGAGAUGCUUUCAGAUAAUCAUUAGCCCACAUACCCAUAACUUAUACUCAAAGAUGGGAUGGAGUUGUAAAGUGCUUUUAUAAUACAAUAUUGUUAAAAGCAAGGAUUGGCUCUUUUGUUUUAUUUUGACAUAGCAUGUCCUGAAAUAAACAUUAAUUCAAUAUGGCAGAUGGGUCAUAUUCUUUAUUUGGAAGUAGUUGUGGUUUCUGAAAAGGGGGUGAUUGUCUUCCUACACUGUUGGAUUUAGUUAUUUUUAUGUAUCUCUAACAAAGUAGCCAUUAUGUUGCUUUAUUAUUUACUUUUUUAUUUAGCUUGGAGUUCUUCAACUGAAGCAGUAAAAUGUGUUCAUAGUCCUCAUUUUUUAAUGAACACAAUUUUGUUGCCAAAAUAUAUAUAAAUACAACAUGAAAGAAAA